AAAAAUUCAGAGACAAAUGGCUAACCCAGACCCUAAACAUCCUAAUCUGUUUAAAAAGAGGCAGAUAAAGCUAAUCUUGAACAACCAGAUGAAGAAAGGAAAGGCGAUUAAGGUUAGGAAAAAGUACAGGAAUGACCAGAACCUUACCUAUCUAAAAAGCAACGACAGCUUUGUGUCUAAUAGGGCACCUAGACUCCAGUCAAACCAGACCUUUGAUACUGGAAUACAGUCUGUCUCUCCAAUUGUCACCACUUGGAGAAGAAGAAAGCUCAGAUCAAACUAUAACAACUCUGAAAUCUGGAAAGGCCUUCAAGACAAAAUUCAAAAAAAGAAAAGCAAGCUUAAGAAGAGAAGUCCACCUAUUUUAGACCUUCAUCAAACAGUAUGGGGGCUCAAUUUUCUUAACUCAGACCAGUACAAUAAAAAGGAUGAGAAGGAAGAAAUAGAAGAAAAAUACCUUUCCCUUGAUUCACGAUAUAUGUUUGAACCAGCAAUCACUAGUGUUCCAUCAGAAAAAUAAGCUAAACGAGGCUUCACCAAACAUGCCUGCGAUCAAAGAUCGUGAGGAUCUUAACAAGACUGCUGAUGCCACUAAAAGAGGAGAUAAGAAUUUACUAAUUAAAGCUCGUAUAUAAACAAACUUGAUGCUGAUCCUCACGAUGAAUCGAUGAGGAAAACAAAAUUUAAAUAUAUAGAAAAGAGCAAGAUCAAUAUGGACACUAUUAACCAGAGAAUUGACGAUCUGAUCUCAGACCCAGCAAGAUGAAGAGAUUUCAUGAGAGAGUGGAGGAAAUUGCGUCAGAAGAAGAACACAUUCAAGAACAACUUCUUAAACCCCCUAAAGAAGAGAUAACAA